UGGCUUUUUUCUGGAAACUGGAAUUAGAGCAACGGAAAGGCGGCGAGUUUAGAGCGCGCGCGAGCAACGGAGAAGCCCCGCGCGUGGGUAGAAUGAGUAGAUUUAACUAAGCUGCGCAGUUUCAUAACAGCGUUAUUUGAUCCUAAAAACGGCGUGUAUUUGUUUUGUGGGUUUUCGACAGAGUCUGGUUACUUAGUUUAUCGUUUGGACGACUUGACCGUUUGCUUUCGCGACUUCAGCAGCGAUCGUUGUGGAGUUCUUCAUAACGUUUGAAUUACCUCAGCCUCGAGUGGCUGGAUUAAGGGGGCCGGGAGAGAGGGAGGAGAAGGUGGGGCAGAGUGAGUCAAACGGACCGAGAGCUCACUACUGUCCGCCCGUUUCAACCGAGUCGCCGACGGAUCUUUAUUUGCCAAAACCGACAGGAUUCAAUCAUUCUAUGCUAUUCGGAGGACGUUAGCAGCGGCUGUCAAUCAAUCUUCCGCCGCUCGUUACAGCUACUCUGAAGUGUCUACGCUGUGGUGCGCCGUAAUCCUCUGAUAUUUACCGUUCGGACGGAUUUUUUUGGGGGAAGUGUAAAUUCCCCGGUCUUGUUGGACCAUGGCCGACGACGACGUGCUCUUUGAAGAUGUUUACGAGCUGUGCGAGGUCAUUGGCAAGGGGCCGUUUAGUCUGGUACGAAGAUGCAUCAAUAGGGAGACCGGCCAGCAGUUUGCUGUGAAGAUUGUGGAUGUGGCCAAAUUUACCUCAAGCCCUGGCCUCAGCACAGAAGAUCUGAAACGGGAAGCAAGCAUCUGCCACAUGCUGAAACAUCCACACAUAGUGGAGCUUCUGGAAACCUACAGUUCGGAUGGAAUGCUCUACAUGGUCUUUGAGUUUAUGGAUGGAGCAGACCUCUGCUUUGAGAUCGUGAAGAGAGCAGAUGCUGGGUUUGUUUACAGUGAAGCAGUAGCCAGUCACUAUAUGAGACAGAUCCUAGAGGCCUUACGGUACUGCCAUGACAACAACAUCAUUCAUCGAGAUGUGAAGCCGCAUUGUGUGUUACUGGCAUCAAAGGAGAAUUCAGCUCCGGUGAAACUGGGUGGCUUUGGUGUGGCUAUUCAGCUUGGCGAAUCUGGACUAGUGGCUGGAGGCCGCGUUGGUACUCCACACUUCAUGGCUCCUGAGGUGGUGAAAAGAGAGCCUUAUGGGAAACCCGUAGAUGUGUGGGGCUGCGGUGUCAUCCUCUUCAUACUGCUGAGUGGUUGCCUGCCCUUCUAUGGCACCAAAGAGCGCCUCUUUGAAUCAGUCAUUAAAGGAAAAUACAAGAUGAACCCUCGGCAAUGGGGCCACAUCUCCGAGAGUGCCAAAGACCUGGUGCGUCGUAUGCUGAUGCUGGACCCUGCAGAAAGGAUCACAGUGUAUGAAGCUCUCAAUCACCCUUGGCUCAAGGAGAGGGACCGCUAUGCCUACAAGAUUCACCUUCCAGAGACAGUCGAGCAGCUGAGGAAGUUCAAUGCAAGGAGGAAACUAAAAGGCGCUGUGCUGGCAGCAGUGUCCAGUCACAAGUUUAACUCUUUCUAUGGAGACCCACCUGAAGAUCUGCCUGACUUCUCCGAGGAUCCCACAUCAUCAGGAUUGUUAGCGGCUGAAAGCAUAGGGGCUGUGUCACAGGUGCUGGACAGUUUGGAGGAGAUUCAUGCACUGGCAGACUGCAGUGAGAAAGACCUGGAUUUUCUACACAGUGUCUUCCAGGACUAUCAUCUCCAUACACUACUAGAUCUAUACGACAAGAUCAACACUAAAUCCUCACCACAAAUCAGGAAUCCUUCCAGUGAUGCAGUUCAGAGAGCCAAAGAGGUAUUGGAGGAGAUUUCUUGCUACCCUGAGAAUAUAGAUGCUAAAGAACUAAGACGGAUACUAACCCAACCCCAUUUUAUGGCCUUACUUCAGACUCAUGAUGUUGUUGCACAUGAGGUGUACAGUGACGAUGCAUUGAGGGUCACCCCACCACCCACAUCACCAUACCUCAACGGAGACUCGCCCGAGAGCACAAACGGAGAGAUGGACCUAGAAAACGUCACACGGGUGCGCCUUGUUCAGUUCCAAAAGAACACAGAUGAACCCAUGGGCAUCACGUUGAAAAUGAACGACCUGAACCAUUGUAUCGUGGCAAGAAUAAUGCAUGGAGGAAUGAUCCACAGACAAGGAACUUUGCAUAUUGGGGAUGAGAUCCGAGAGAUCAAUGGUAUAAGCGUAGCAAACCAAACAGUGGAGCAGCUUCAGAAGAUGCUUCGGGAAAUGCGGGGCAGUAUCACCUUUAAGAUCGUGCCGAGUUACCGGACGCAGCAGUCAUCCUGUGAGAAAGAGUCCCCCUCCACCUCCAGACAGUCCCCUGCUAAUGGCCAUUCCAGCAUUAACAGUUCUAUCUUGGACUUGCCGUUAACCAUCCAGCCAAAAGGACGACAGAUUUCCGGACCUCCAAUCAAGGAUAAAUUUUCCGUCAAGAUCUACGUGCGGGCACAGUUCGAAUAUGACCCUGUGAGGGAUGACCUCAUCCCCUGUAAAGAGGCAGGAAUUCGCUUCAGAGUGGGUGACAUCAUCCAGAUUAUCAACAAGGAUGACCAUAACUGGUGGCAAGGCAAGCUGGAAAACACCAAGAAUGGCACGGCAGGAUUGAUUCCUUCACCUGAACUCCAGGAGUGGCGGGUGGCUUGUAUAGCCAUGGAGAAAACCAAGCAAGAACAGCAGGCCAGCUGUACUUGGUUUGGCAAGAAAAAAAAGCAAUACAAAGACAAAUACCUAGCAAAGCACAACGCAGUGUUCGAUCAACUAGAUCUGGUCACGUAUGAAGAAGUAGUGAAGUUGGCAGUCUUCAAGAGGAAAACAUUAGUGCUACUAGGUGCCCACGGUGUUGGCAGAAGACACAUCAAAAACACACUCAUCACCAAACACCCAGACAGAUUCGCUUAUCCCAUUCCACACACGACCAGACCUCCAAAGAAAGAUGAAGAGAACGGCAAGAAUUAUUUCUUUGUAACUCACGACCAAAUGAUGCAAGACAUCUCUAACAACGAAUACCUGGAGUAUGGCAGCCACGAGGACGCAAUGUACGGUACGCGGUUGGAGACGAUACGCAAGAUCCACGAGCAGGGACUCGUAGCCAUACUGGACGUAGAGCCACAGGCACUGAAGGUUUUACGAACAGCUGAAUUUGCUCCCUAUGUGGUUUUCAUCGCUGCGCCAACCAUCACUCCCGGCAUGAAUGAGGACGAGUCACUACAGAGACUGCAGAAGGAAUCUGAGAUUCUCCAGAAAACAUAUGCACACUACUUUGACCAAACCAUCAUCAAUAAUGAGAUUGAUGAGACUAUCCGACUCCUGGAGGAGGCCAUAGAACUGGUUUGCACCACCUCCCAGUGGGUGCCGGUGUCCUGGGUUUAUUAAAACAUACGACCUGUAACCUUAAGCCCGUGCAACCUCACACUUUGCAAUGCAUCUCUGCAAAAAAAGAAACUUUCCCGCUGAUGAAAAUAGAAACGAGACCCAGCGCUGACGUUCAACAACAUCGAUGUGUACAAGCCCUUCAGUGAGCCCAGUCUUGGCCCCUCACAGACUACCUAGACGUAGUGUUGUAUCAAUAAAAAAAGAUCUAUGAAAUACUAAAUAUUGUCAUGUCUAUAUAGCUAGGAGGCAACAUUUUGUAGACGUUUGUUUUAAAGAGACAGUAUCCUUAUUUUCAUGAGCGUUUGUACCGGAGCAAAAGUGCAGUAUUAAAAUCCUCAUAGAGAUUUUUCUGUCUGACCCAUCCAUUAACUCGGCCAUCAAACAUAAUCCCCACAUUAUCUGUGCAGCGUUCAGCGCGCUCCAACCCACAGUUAUUUAGCUUAGGUUUUAAACCAGCUCACUUUUUGUCUGCGUGUCCUCUUUUACACGUGGAUACUGUCUCUCUAAAGACCUGCAUAAAUGUUUUAGAGAUUUGAAUGAGAUCUCAUGCAUGUGAACAUUCACAAACCGUCAGUGUUAGCUGUGUUCAGACUGUCAUCCACAGCAGAUUGCAUUCCAUUCGUCCGGACAAACGCGUUCAAAGUGGAGCCGGUGACAAGCAAAACAUCUAUGAAGAACAGACCUAUGCACAUCCCUUGCAUUUUGGCAACUUUGUAAACGAUUUAUUUUUACCAAUCAUGUAGUACGAUGUGUUUGUAAAUGGAUUUUUAUUUGUUGUACGAUUAAAGGGUUAGGGAUGAAAUACUAAAAAAACAA